AUGAUAAUAUCGUAUGGUAAACUUGAUGUCGUUAACCUUGUGGUUGUUGUUUUUGAUGUGACCGAUGCUGAAAGCUUCUCUACUGCAAAGUCGAGAGUAUCGGAAUACCGGAAGCAAGCCAGUGAGAUCUCCGUACCAAUUGUUCUUGUGGGCAGUAAAAUAGACCUUGGAUUUAGACGUGUUAUAGACAAGAAUAAAGCCCAAAAGUUUGCGGAUGAAUUAAACGUUCCAUACUUUGAAACUUCUGCUAAAGAGGCAGUCGGCAUAGAAGCUCCGUUUUUAUAUCUAAUUAAAGAAUAUUAUCAGCUGUAUACAGAUUCAGUUCAACGUUAUCAAAUUCUAAUAUAA